AUGCGCUUUCAGCGGGUCAACGAUUUGGGCAAGGUCAUCGCAAUUCGUUUGAAGCGCCUCACAAAGAAUAGACGCACACAACUCAACUCUUCAACCACCGACAAUCUCGAAGUCUCCACCAAUGUUUCGUUCGCCAGACACUCCAAGGGUGUAUCCCUUGCCCGCGAAGCUUCGGACAUGGCUCAGGUAGCUUUGCCCUUUGUACAGGCUAUUGCGGGUGCAAUUCCACUUGUUGGCGCUCCCAUGCAAGCGGCUAUCGGUGGAUUAAUGACAAGCCUUCAAGCUAUAGACAACAAGUCGGACCUCGUUAGCCUGACAUUACGACUCAAUCGACUAAGCCUCGAUUUGUGCAAUGCCCCGCCUGCCCGGGAUCCUGUUGAACGAUCCCGGAGAGAUUCCUUUGUCAGGAUGCUGGAAGAGAGCUCAGCCCGAGUGACGGUGUUGCAUGAACGCUGCCUCGCAUCCACAUCUGUCACGCAGGCCAUCGCUGGAUGCUUUAUUGAAAUCGACCGUUAUCUGGCAGACUAUUUGUUGUUGUCCCAAAUCCAAAGUCAACAUGACAUACACGAAGAGUUGGUCAAUCUACGGAGGCAGCAGGAGGAUCAUCAGAAGCUGCUGCUGACCAUGCAAAACAUAUUGGUCCGCGAGCAGUCUGCCGCGGGAUCGUUUGCAUCACAUUUAAAUGGAACUAUCGCACUUGGCUGUGUGACACUGGUGGAUGCAACAGGCCACCAUCAUGCAAUAUCGGUGAACUUCUGCACCUCGUUUCAGCAACUCAAUAUGAUGCUCCCAGUUCUCUUUCAACCCGACUCGACCGAAGCCCGUAUUCAAAGAUGGCUGGUUGCUCAACUGAUUGCCGAGAAUGCAAACGACGGUUUCAGAUUACCUGUAAUUAUGGCUGUGCGAAGCCAAGCACGCGAUCCUCUGACAUUGACUCCAAUCACAUGGGUGAUGCGGAGUGGCUCCUUAUUCGCAACUUUCAUGUCCAGCAAAGUGUAUGUCAUCAUGAAUUUCACUGGCAAUCAAUAUUUGGUUGAAAACUCAAUGUACCUCCCACUUCCAGAUCGUGCGUGA